CAGCAAACAAAUCAUCCUGGACUUUAGUCAUGAUAAAUUACUGAAAGCCAAAAGUUGCUAUGUUGUUAUGUAUUUAACACUUGGUCUGUUUCUUCUCUAAAUUUAUAAUAUUACAUUCUGUUAUCUUUUGCUGAUCAACUAUUAUGUUUUGUUUGAUCUGUUGGGUGUCUUUGUGAUGGAUUAUCAGGCUUCAAUUCAUUAUAGGGUCAGGAAUCUGUUGAAUCUCUGUCACAAAGCCUUGAGUUAUUUGCUGCCAACUUAAGAAUUUAAGGUAAUUUAGAAGGUCAUAGUUGUCCCUAUGGAAGUGACAACAAACUGCACGAGGGCAUUAUUGGGCCAAUUUCUCAUAUAAAUAGGAGUAAGGACUGCAAGUCUCAACACUUUGUGUGUCAUGAAAAUAUUGUACCCCACCUCCUUCCCCUCUCCUCCUGAAGAUAUGAGCCCCACAUAUUUUUUAUCAAUUCCAAACUAAAGUUUUAGCAUAAUUUUUAAUCAUUAUGUUAUGGUAUUUAUUUUCAUCUGUCUAAACAAGUCCUUCAUCCUCAGAAACAUCAGGAGAGCUAAUCCGCAUGUGACCCCAUUCACUCACUCAAGAACAAGACAAUGAAGAAAUUAAAAUAAAGAAAAAAGAAAAAGUAUAUAUAUAUAUAUAAUAUAUACACAUACAUGUACAUGCACCCCUCCACACACAUGCAUGUGCCCCCACACACACAUACCAAGAAGAACAUCAUACUCCUUGACCUUCCCCUUCUGCAAAACAAAAAAAACAAAAAGUAAUUUAAUGCCAUUUCUUUGUUAUUAAGUUAUAUCAAUGUUUGAUGAAUCUCGAAUUGUUGAUAUCAGAAAAAAGAACAAAAAAAAAAAAGAUAAAGAUUUCCCGACUACUCCCAAAUUUGAUCCCUCUCCCCUCCGUUUUACCAUACUUAUUCUUGAUGUUUUAGAUAUGUACAUUUACAUGAUAUUAACUUCACACCAAUGUAGUUCACUGAUUUUGUAAGGACGAGAUAAAUUACAUAUUUAUAAAGUUAUUACAUUUGUUCAAAGAAUUUUGAAAUUUUUAAAUAUAUAUGUAAUUAUUUUUUUAAUAAAAUUUAUUAUCGAAUUCUA